GUUAAAACAUCUAUUCCUCUUAAGCGUGAUCAUAGCCUAUUGUUAUGGUUUCGGACAAUUUCACAUGAAAAAAUAUACGCCACCUGUGGAUUCGGAUGAAGAAGCCACAAAUAGUGUGCUAAGAACCUAUCGCCGCUGCCUGUGGGAACAAUCGAAAUCAUUGCCACGGCGCUUGGUGCUGCUGAGUUUGUGCCAAAAUUUAUUUUGUGAAAAUAAUCAUGUUGUAGCCAGAUCCAGGUCUCUUUUUGUAGUCGAAAAGAUGGCUAGACCCAACGACUGCUUGGAUAUUUUACCCGAUCAAUGUGAACAGGGCGAUGAGGAGGAGUUAAUGUAUAAACCCUUCCCGGAUUGCUGCCCCGUCUACUGCAACCUGAAGCGCCGCAUGCAACGUUUGAAGACCAUGCACUUCCGACAUCGCCUGCUAUUGGAUCUACAGCGUCAGCAGGCGGCAGGAGGAACCAACCUACUGCUAAAUGAAUAUGGCUUGGAUAGUAUAUAGAA